AUGGAGGUGUACAGAACAGAGUACAGGACUGAUGGGGCCAGGGACCCAGACACCUCCAGCUGGCCCCCUGCAGCCCCCUCUGCCUCCCCCAACCCCCUAGGCCCUGCCUGGGGAGUUAUCUGGCCUGACAGCAGGGCGCGUGAGGAGAAGGAAGAAGACACAAAGGGUGUCCCCAUGUGGGAGAAGCAGGAGCAGCCCCAGCCCACCUCCCCAGCCCACCACGGCUCUCCCCAGUCCACCACGGCUCUCCCCAGCCCACCACGGCUCUCCCCAGUCCACCACGGCUCUCCCCACCCACCACGGCUCUCCCCAGCCCACCACGGCUCUCCCCAGCCCACCACGGCUCUCCCCAGUCCACCACGGCUCUCCCCAGCCCACCACGGCUCUCCCCAGCCCACCACGGCUCUCCCCAGUCCACCACGGCUCUCCCCAGCCCACCACGGCUCUCCCCAGUCCACCACGGCUCUCCCCAGCCCACCUCCCCAGCCCACCACGGCUCUAACCAGCCCACCACGGCUCUCCCCAGUCCACCACGGCUCUCCCCAGCCCACCUCCCCAGCCCACCACGGCUCUCCCCAGCCCACCACGGCUCUCCCCAGCCCACCACGGCUCUCCCCAGUCCACCACGGCUCUCCCCAGUCCACCACGGCUCUCCCCAGCCCACCACGGCUCUCCCCAGUCCACCACGGCUCUCCCCAGCCCACCACGGCUCUCCCCAGUCCACCACGGCUCUCCCCAGCCCACCACGGCUCUCCCCAGCCCACCACGGCUCUCCCUAGCCGACCACGGCCCACCACAGCCAUCCCCAGCCCACCAGAGCUCUCCCUAGCCAACCAUGGCCCACCACAGCCAUCCCCAGCCCACCAGAGCUCGCCCUAG